UCACUGCAUAGCAUCCUCACUGUCACGGUUCUUGAAUCUUUUCCUCUGGUGUUCCGCAAAGGAACAUUCCAGUCAGUCCGUUAACCCAUCAAAGAGGGGAUUUGAUUCACUACUGCCACAAGAGCCUGCAGAAAAGGCCAUCUUGACUUGAUUUGGAUCAGAGCUCCGACAGGGAUGAAUGUGUCUCUCGGGUCCUCCUACAAAGAGGAGAUGUUCAUGGGUAACUCGACUUUGCCAUCCCUCUUCAACUCCAGCCUGCUAGACAAUGGCGGAACUAGCCAACCUGCAGCAUGUGAGCAAGUCCACAUUGCUGUGGAGGUCUUUCUGACGCUUGGGAUCAUCUCCCUUUUAGAGAACAUCCUGGUUAUUACAGCCAUAGUAAAGAACAAGAACCUUCAUUUACCCAUGUACUUUUUCGUCUGCAGUUUGGCUGUAGCUGACAUGCUCGUGAGUGUGUCCAACGCCUGGGAAACUGUCGUCAUUUACAUGCUCAACAACAGACAGCUGGUGGUGGAGGAGCAUUUCAUUCGACACAUGGAUAAUGUUUUUGAUUCCAUGAUCUGUAUCUCUGUGGUAGCAUCAAUGUGCAGUCUCGUGGCCAUUGCUGUGGACAGAUACAUUACCAUCUUCUAUGCACUGAGGUACCACAACAUCAUGACAGUGAAGCGAGCUGGCUGCAUCAUUGGGGGAAUCUGGACCUUCUGCACAGGCUGCGGGAUAAUCUUCAUCAUCUACUCCAAUACCACCUCUGUCAUCAUCUGCCUUGUGGCGAUGUUCUUCAGCAUGCUGCUCAUCAUGGCAUCCCUUUACAGCCACAUGUUCAUGCUGGCACGCUCGCAUGUCAAGCGCAUUGCUGCUCUUUCCAGUUGCAACACCAUUCAACAGCGGAGAAGCAUGAAGGGCGCCAUCACACUGACCAUUCUACUGGGGAUCUUCAUCGUCUGCUGGGCUCCCUUCUUCCUCCAUCUCAUCCUGAUGAUAUCCUGUCCACGGAAGGUCUACUGCGUGUGCUUCAUGUCCCACUUUAACGUGUACCUAAUCCUCAUCAUGUGCAAUUCUGUCAUUGAUCCAUUGAUCUAUGCCUUCAGGUGUCAGGAAAUGAGGAAAACUUUUAAGGAGAUAUUCUGUGCUCUGACUGGUAAGUGCUGAACAGCAGAAAUAGAGCACCGGAGCUUUAUCACAACCCGAUUUAAUAUUCAGUGCUGGAUGUUGAUUUAUGAUACUACAUUUACAAGGCCUCAUAGAAAAUCCAAUUGUUAUGUCAGACGAAUUAAAACAGUACAGUUGAAUGAAAUUCCAAUAUAUCAAUUGAUUACUCACCUGAAUGAAGAGGUUUGU